GAAUGAGUGAGCAUCCGUCAUAGUGGAGUUGGGCACUGAUAAGAUAUCACGUGUCGGCGAUCAUCCGUGCAGCUAUCCCCCGUCGUCCGAGUUCAGACCGAAUUUCAUACUCCCAUUCACUUCUCUGGUUUCUUCAUUGUUGCGCUUUGUGUCAGUUACGUUUCACUUCCACAAGCGCUCACUUUCCCAAAUAGUCCUCACUUAUAUCUCUCUUUACUACACGCUUGUUACAUCAACCUCCCACCAUGGAUUACUUCACUUCGGCGAUGCUCCCAGGACGCGCAUAAUGUGGCGCAAGCGCAAGAUCUCUUCUUCUGCAACACGUUCAUCAGAUAAACAUAAGAAAAAGAGACGCAAAAAUACAUACCCCGUCAUAUCAAGUGACGAAGAAAACGACAGCGAAAGUUCUGACUUAGCCGAAGACGAAUGGUAUAUCAACUGUAUCCUUGACGAAACAGAAUCUCAGUAUCUUAUUGAUUGGGAGGGGCCUUGGUCGCCUAGUUGGGAGCCAAAGGAGCACGCCAACGACGCUGCAAUUCAGGUCUGGGAAGAGAAAAGGAGACACCGCCAGUCCCAGGCCGAUAGUCAUCUUACUGAAAUAUCAGAAACACAGUCAGCUAUUCAAUUCUCUCAAGGCCACAGUGUAGAGUUCAUCGACUCGUCUGAACAACGUUUGGAACAACGUGAGCGCUCACCAUUAUUUGUACAUUUUGAUUCUGUAUCUGAGUCACGCCCAUCUCUGGAGGCCAACCGAUGGUCUGAAGUUCCAGAGUCAAAGCAAGUAACGCCUAUUCCAGCCCGUUCACACCGGCAUAGUGACUACUUAACUGUACCGAUUGCCUCAGCAGCUGCACUGCCUGAGACUGAGUGUGUGUUUGAGUACAGUCCGAGUACUGCUAUCCCGUUGGAGUAUUUACUUCCUAGUGAAGUCCAAGGUUACCUCGCAACACAAACUACACAUAGCCCCAGAGGAACUCCGAUUAUUGCUAGUGAAGGUGGGGUACUAAGAUCUGGCAAUCUAUUGACGCCCGAGGCUGCCCAAGGAUCUUCACAGUCCAAGUCAAUCGCAUCGCCCAUCCUUGAAGAGCCAUCCGGCACACCAGUCUGUGGCCUGCGUGGGGAAGUGGACGGAAUUACAGAGACUCCAUCUAUUACCUUGGCCCCUUUAGAAGUGCCAGAAUCAAACCCGAGUACAUCCCAGGGAUCAAUAAACCCUUCCAUUCAACUCCUGAGUCAGAGACUGUUAUCUGCACGGCAAAGCAAUAAAGUACCCAGGAUGUCUACUGGAAGCAUGGAGAGUCAUAACCAAAAGAAGGAAGUGCCAUCAUUGGCUGAAACCAUGGAGAAGUAUAGUCAGUAUGAAGGAGCAACUCCGAGGGAGAAGAUGAAGAAUGCGUACGCCCAAUUGAGCGCCAAAACGAAUUCUCUCCAGGCUAUUGAUGUCAGUGUGACUCCGUCAUCUGUGGAAGAUAUCGAACCCGUGGCGCCUGUAUCCGUUCCCGAGACAAUCGCACCUCUAAGUGUUAGAGUCGACAAGGAACCCACUGCUCAUCACACUGAGUCAGAGAUGAAUACCACUUCAUCGGAGCCACUUGGAGAGAUGCCACACCAAGAACAAAGCACACAAACUAUUCAACCAAGUGCCUUGACAGUCGCUCAUACCGAAGAAGUCCCUCCCGGAUCAGUACAUCUCGGUCCCUCUGAAUUCGCCGUGCCACUUCCAAUGGACUCCAGAGUCAAAGAUGACUACGAACGAGUCUUAGUAGAUGAAACCCAGUGUAUUCGGGAUUUUCUUAAAGGCCCCAGCGCUGAAGGGAUGUCCAGCGGGCAUGAAGAACGCAUUGUGUCAAGAUUGCGCGAGAUAUUAGGACGUCUAAGCAACGUUGCGACACAUCCAGAUCUUAAUAUCGCAGAGCACAUCAAAGAUUCGGAUUCGGACCUAAGGAAGGAGGCAGCUUGGGCCGAAUAUUCCAGCGCAAAAUUCUUAUUCCUAGGCUACCUUGUGGAAAUGGCAAGCAACCGGGAUAUUCAUUUGGUGAUUAUGGUACAGGGAGAGAAAACCCAAAAAGUGGUUGAGCAAUACCUGAUUGGUAAAGGUCUCAUAUACACUCGACCUCGUGAGGAAAUGGGGUCUGGCACCAAUUUAGAGGUUUCUCUGCUAAGAGGCUCCUUGAGUUUUGGGGUCCAAUCUACACACAGUGAAGGGAUCACUGAGACAUACAAAUCACCCUCUGCAAUCAUUGCACUGGACUCGUCUUUAAAUGCGGAGAGUCCUUCGGUCGAGCAUAUGCGAACCACAUUUGCUCGUCAUGGUAACCUACUUCCUAUCAUUCGACUCAUUGUCUCAAACUCCAGUGAGCACAUUGAACUCUGUUUUCCGGAUCCUCCAGAGCUCCAACGUCUCCAGUUGAUCGUCCAAUACACUGUCCGUCUCCGUAAUAUAGUAGGUGAUCUGCAAGACGAUGCCCUUGGUGUGCGUGAAGAUGUGGAAGAGAUAUUGUCUUGGCUCUCUUCGGAUCACUUCAGUAUUAGCUGGCCUUUGACCCCCAUUGAACCUUUACACGUCGUGAGCUCCGAGAAGCUGUUAUCUGUUCAACUUGAAGCUCAACCUCAAACGACUGUUGCCAGUACAUCAAACCCCAACUCACAAGCUCAAAAGCGUCUAUUUGUGGAAGACUCAAGCGAGCAUGCUUCUAAAAGACUAAGGUUGGAAAUGUCACAGGAUAACACCCAACUUACCGAAUCAACGAAAUUUCCAAGUCAAACCCUGGAUAGCGGUCUGCAUGCAUUGGAGAAGAAUCUCGUGCAGAUGAGAACUGCACAUGCGGCUGAGCUUGGGCAGUUUCAGAAUGCGUUAACCGACAUGCAAUCCCGCUUACAAGAGAGAGAGAAACUACUCGAGUCGCUCCAGCAUCGCUAUGAAACUCGAACUAGAGACCUCCACAAGAUUCGUCGGGAGCGGGAUCGCUUAGCCGAAUAUAAGGCCACAUCAGAGCAGAAAAUUGAAAAGCAAAGAGAAGAUAUUAGCAAGCUAAAGGCUGAGCGCACCCAGCUAAGGCAAGAUCUUGAAAAGGCAAGGGGGGAGAUCAAAACUGGGGGAGGUGCUGUAGCAGAGCUGGAGACGGCUCGGGAAGAUAUCCGGCGCCUGACACAGGAGAAUUCUGGCCUUGAACGGAAGGCAGAAUACGAGGCCAGGCAAGCCGAGUAUACUCGCGAGCAGUACCAAACUGCUUCUAACAUUGCGGCUCAGACUGGGAACGAGAUCCGCCAACUUCGAGAAGAGAACGAGUUAUUAAAGCGUAAGGUUGCUGGCAAUGCUAGUCGCCUACGAGAGAUCAAUAUAGAGAACGACGGCGCACGACAUCUAUCUCGUAUCUCCGAAUUGGAAGCUAUUCUUGCAUCCCGCGAAGAUCUGUUACGCCGAAAAGAGGAUGAGCUGCGGGAAAUCCGCAAGAAUCGGCCGUCCACCCGCUCGACGAGCACUCAACCUCGCAGCCCGAGACUGACCGCUGGAAGCCGUCCAACGAGCCCAGGAAUCAAUAAUCAUAACGGACGUGGCAGCGCGUUAAGGUUCAGCUCCGAGAUGCCCAGUUAAGGUCGUACCUGUUUUGUAUAACCC